UUUCUUUUUUCCCCUCCAAUGUUUUCCCUGCAUCCUCUACGUUUUACAUUCAUGGCGGACAUAUCCUGUAAGCACAGCAACAACCUGUUUUAAGAGUUUUUGCAACGUCGUCUGCUCAUCCUGUGCGGAGACUUGGUCUUUGCCGCGGACCCCCUAAAUGCCUUUCAUUGAGAAAAGGCUUCGGACGUUCAGUGCUGUGAAUGUGUACAAGCAACAAAUGACUUGAUUAAGAUGGGUAAUAAACAAACUAUAUUUACCGACGAGCAACUUGAUGCCUACCAGGACUGUACAUUUUUCACCCGCAAAGAAAUUCUGCGGUUGCACGGCAGAUAUCAUGAGUUGGCGCCACAUCUUGUACCAAUGGACUACACCAAUGAGCCUGAUUGUAAACUGCCUUUAGCCUUAAUAGUCAACAUGCCAGAGUUAAAGGAAAACCCGUUCCGUUCCAGGAUCGUAGAGUCUUUCUCCGAGGACGGGAUGGGGAAUCUCAGCUUCAAUGAAUUUGUGGACAUGUUCUCAGUCCUCAGUGAAAUGGCUCCGAGAGAACUCAAGGCUAUAUAUGCCUUCAAAAUAUAUGAUUUCAAUGUGGACAAUUACCUGUGCAAAGAGGACCUGGAAAAGACUCUAAACAAGCUGACGAAGGAGGAGCUGACUCCCGAGGAGGUGGAGCUGGUGUGCGAGAAAGCCAUCGAGGAGGCGGAUUUAGACGGAGACAACAAACUCUCCUUUGCUGACUUUGAGAACAUGAUUACUAGGGCUCCUGACUUUUUAAGUACCUUUCAUAUACGAAUCUGAGAGGGCUCCGUGGAAGGUUUUCAAGGUCGUCAAUGUGGUGAACCUGCACCCCGUCCUGGCCACAGCACAGUGCCUGUCUCCCACUCCCAUCGUCAAAAAAAAUCAGACGUCUCCAGCCUCAGUGAAGUCUGCUUCGUAAGAGAGCUAAAUACUGGAUUAAUCUGAAUUAAAUGACCUGGAAUUUCUUUACUGUAGAUGAAAAUGUAUUUUCACCUAUAAAAGGGCUUGACCUAGCUUGGUCUGUUUUGGGAGAAAAAAAACUCUUUCCACAUUUUAAGGUUAAAAAAUGAAAGUUUGAAAUGAGCUAGACUCAUCUACCUACAGUAUAUUGCACAUGAGAUACAUAAAAGUCUUCCUACAGUGACACACGUAAGUAUUUACAGGGCUAAGGACAAAGUUUGAAGUGAAUGAAAGCACAGCGGUGGCAUUAAGGGCAUACAGAUAUUUUAUAUUAGCUAUGCAAUAUUUGUACAUACAGUGUGUUGCUUUUAAUCAUUUUAGGUUGUGCUUUCUUUGUUGCUUGUGGAAGUGAUGAUGACAAUCAUAUCUUACUGUUCUCCAGUUACAUGAAGGGCUCUGUCGUCUGAAUGAAUGUUGAUAGCUUGCUUCUGCCUCAGCCAUUUUCAUAAGAUACAGCCAUCUUUUGGAUAUACAUGUUACAGUAUUUUAUGUGACUUCAGGUAUUUGUCUUACUUUGAAUAAAUAUUUUAUUUCUG